AGCUGAAAAAAGUAGUUGUAGAAUAUAUAUACUUAAGUUGCAUUGAAAUUCAGGUGCUCAAUCCAUGUUGGCCAGAUGUCUGAGGGAAGAAAGAGGAGAAGUGUCAGCCAUCCCGGAUCACUUUUCUGUUCUACAUUCUCUCUUAGUGUUAGUGGUGAGCGUAAGGAGGCUACAAGGAGAAAUUUGCCUUUCAAGUCAUAAAGAGUUGCCUGAGGAGGCCGAAAAAGAUCUGUGCUGUUGUUUGUAAGGAGUAGAGACUUUUGUGGUUUUGUGCCCUACAUAUUAUUUUUCCUAGUAAACGAGGACAGUUGGACAACUGCCUAGAAGAUCUGGUCACUUCAGUCCCUGUUGGUGCCAGAAAUCCCUCUCAGUCUGGAAAAUGGAGCGAGACUUUUAAACAGACAACGAAAACAAAGAUGUAAAGCCCGACUCGUCAGCAGUGAUUGCGGCAUCAUGGCUUCAGGAUCCGCAGAUGCCGCCGCAGCCCCUGAGUCAUCAGAUGCAUCAGAGGAGUGCCCAGCAGGAAAAAAGAAAUCCAGGUUCCAGACGUUUAAGAACUUUUUUGCGAAGAAGAAGAGGAAGGAGACAGCGGGUCCGGUGGCGGAGAGCGAAGUCCAGUUGAAGUCCAGUCAGUCCAUUGAAGAUGUUAACACUCUUGAGCCAACUUCCAUUCACACCGACAAAGACAGUGACUCCAGUUCCAAUAUCAACGUGGGAAGCAAGGCCUUGUCACAGGACAGUGUCUUCACCUCUGAUCCACCCUCUCCUGAGACAAAUGAAGCUCUUCAGUCCUCACACGACAGCAUUCAUGGCAAAGUGAAAUCCCUACAGAUGCAGCUGAAGCAGGCGAUCCGACUUGGCUCUCCUCCAGCGGCGAUAUCCGUGAAGAAGAGUGAGGAUGGAGGGAUGGUUUCAGAGGAUGACGGUCUGCCCUGCAGUCCCCCAGAGUACUCCACAAUCCACACCGUUCUCACAACUUCCUCUCAGAGGUCGUCAGGUGUGGUCCAGAGGAGUGGCUCCCUUAGCCUGGAGGGAUCGGACAGCGAUGAUGACCAGAUGUCUGGGGCUUCAUCGAGACCAGGUACCCCACAGACAUCCAUUCCAGUGGAUUUCAGUGAGCCAGCCAGCUCCCUCUCCUGCCUGGACUGUUCUGCUGCCCACCAUCGCAUUGCUGUCAAAACCAGAGCCUGUGCUAAAAGGAAGCCUGCCAGUAGGGAGAUGUUACAAACCAAGAAAAGAGACCUGAGAGAAAGAGUACUACUUAGAGACACAGAGGACAAACUGAAAGCUGCAAGAACAAGCACGGAAGAGGAGGAGAAUAAAGAUAAUGUUUCAAAAGAUGAAGAGGAGAUCAAUGAAGUCCAGGAAGACUCUCCAAUAAGCCCCUCAGUAUUAGCACAAAAUGAGGAGGAGCUGCCAGCAUCUUCUCAAAGUCAAAGAUCAUCUACAACAACUUCCGCCUCUGCUGAGGCUUCUGAGGAUGACGAAUGUGUCCCUGACAAGGAUCACGUCGCCAGCUCUGGGAGACUAGAAUCCUCCUGGGACAACCCAGUAACACUGGAGCUCCAGACUGAUGACUUCCUGCUGGAUGGAGGAUGUGAGGUUGUCUCUGAAGAGCAGGGUUCUCUGCUGGAGGAAGUGCUGAGUUCCCUGAAGGGCCCCCUUGUGUCAGGCCUGGUGCUGGAGUCUGAGGCUACAGUUGAACAGAUGGAGGUUGAAGACACAACUGGUGAAGAUGUGCUAGAUAACCUGGAUGUGGACAGUGCAACAGAACACCCUGACUCCACAGAUCCAUACUCAGUCCUGGAUGACCAAUUACUUGUUGAAAACACUCUUUCUGAAUCAGUCACACUUUUACAAGAGGUAGAGAAUGUUUUACAGGAAGAAGAGGGGCCAGAGGGGCAAGAGUUUGCUAAGGAAGUCCCGUUUGAAGAAGAUCUGCAAUUGCGUGAGGGCAAUAUUGAGAAAGAGGAGUGUGAGGUUGAGGUAAACCAGGACUAUAGGAAGGACUUGAAGGAGGAAGCAGCUGAAGACGGUGAGAAAAUGGACUGUGCUGGGGAGGAAGCAGUCAUGGAACAAGUGGAUGAGGACACAAAAAUGGAGGAAAAUAUGGAUGAGGAGGAGAAGCAAGAGAGUGAGGAAGAUGCUGAAAAGGAAGCUGAUCAAGAGGAAGAGAUGCUGGUUGAAGACAACAAAGAGGACAAAGAUGGUGAAGAACUAAAUGAAGAAGAAGAAGAAGAAGAAGAAAAUGAGACCAAAGAUCAGGAAUGUCCAUUGGAAGAUGAGGAACAAGAGAUCAAAUUGGACACAAGCAUUAAAAUUGAAAGCUUCCAUGAGACCGACCAAUCAGUCGAAGGUAAUGCCUCAGUGUCAACAGAGAUUGUGAACCAGACUGAAGAUCUUUUAGCACAGGAGUGUACUGAGCAACCUUCUUUUGUAGUGAUGACCUCUCUUGAGCUCAGUUUUCCCAAGAAAACCACAAACCAGCCUAAGGAGACAGAGGAUGUUCCUGAAAUUCUACAGGAGGAUGCCAAUGAGCAGCAUGACAUUCUGGAAGAAUGUGAAGAUCAGUCCAUCGAAAGUCUGGAGAUUGAUGAACAUUCAGGGGAGGUCCAUCAAGCGGAGGUGCUGUCUGAGAGUCACCAGUCAAGCACAUCUGAAAGUGAGGCUGCUAAAGAGCCAAUUCAGGAGGUCUCACUCUCUGCAACAGAUGAUGAACCUGUAUUCAACAAGUUCCCAUGCAGAGAUCUGUCUUCGGAUUUCAUGAGAGCUGAGCCAUCUGCCAGCCAAGUGGAGACUCAGAGUCUGCCAUCAUCCCCUCUCCAGAGAGAGAUGUGCCAAGCUGAUGAGGACACAACCCCAGAGAACCCCUUUGGAGUACGGCUGCGAAAGACGCCAGUUCUGCACCGCUAUGCUUCUGAAGGAGAAAGUCCAACUCCCAGCACAGAGCCCAUGGAGACACAGAAGUCGCCGUUCAUAGAGCAACUUUCCAGGAAACCUGCUUUGCCCAAGAAGCCUGAUCAGGUGGCUGAUGUUGUUGUGAAGCCCAAAAGAACCUCAGAUCCGGCUGGUAAAGCAGCAGUGGAAAGCUCAGAGUCUCCAAGCUGGAUCUCUUUGGCCAGGCAGAAGCAGAAGGUCUUCAAAGAGAACUCUCUGGAUGAAUCACCUGAGAGCAAGUUCCCUACCCAGGAGGAAUUCAACAAGAAGGGUUUGUUGGAUGAUCCAUCAGGUCCAGUUACCAAGGAUCACCUAAAACCUGUUGCUUCACCAGUUAAAGUGUCGUGUUCUUUGGAGAUAUCCAAACCAGUGCUGGUGGAAAAGGAGAAGAGGACCAUCAGCCACCCAGUUCCAGCCCCUCUAACCCAGGAUGAGCCUCCAUGGUUGGCCCUGGCCAAGAAGAAAGCCAAAGCCUGGAGUGAAAUGCCACAGAUUGUGCAGUAAACACUAAAAAAAACACCAGGCUCAGAGCUUCUUUCCAGGACUUUUUGCACACACAGAAAUGAACUUGUCCAGUACCUGAGAUGUCUCUUUCUAUCUUUCUUUUUGCACACAAAAACACAGAUCUACACAGACUUCUAAUUGAUGUAAGCAAUAUAAUCGGAAUUUGUUUCCCCAUUUUAACAUCCCUGGGCCCUAAAGGUAAGAAAAGAUCAGUUUUAAUUGCAAGGACAGAUAAAGUGGUCUUAAAGCUUAAUUUAAGCAUUUUUCCAGAGGCUUGUCUGAAUUUUUCAUGUUCUUUUUAAUUAAUAAUACUUCAUGUAUAAAUAUAUUUGCCUUUGCUCCUUUGAUCAGUUUCUUGAAGUAAUUGUCUAUGGAAAAAACAUAAAGACAUCUUUGUAUUUAUUUAUCUCAUUCAUGUAAUGUUUUAUGCAGUGUUGUUCUAUUUUUGUAUUACCUUUACAGUUGUGUGUCUUGUACAUAAAAAUGUAAAGAAAAAAAGGUCCAGUUUGGUUGAUUUUUUUCCAGUUUAUAAUACAUAAAAGUUUGUGUUGUACCAAGCCAUUAUUACUUUCACACAAUGAAACAGAAAAACAUUAAGAUAUUGUAACAUAAUUGAAUGUGUAUUUUAUAGUAUGGAACAGUCAUAGUUGAUAUUAAUAAUGAGCCAAUCAUUUUUUUAAUCUGAAAUGUCCAUGUACCAAAAUUAGUCCAUAAGCAGUGAGAGUUAUGACAAAGUCAUAAAAAGUCAUAUUCAUGUAUAAUUUACAAUAUCAUUAUUAUUGAUAUUUCUUUUCUUCCCCUGUAAUGUCUUAUAUUGGAGCGCUGUUGAAUUCUCGAAUCUGAUUGGACAGAAGGUGUUGAUUAAUUUUAGAACAGCACAUCUUGGUCAGUAGUUUGGCUGCAAGACAAAUUGCAGGUUUAUAUUAAUCCAUUUGCUUUAAUAAAUGAUCAUUUCUAUAGUAAGAACCUACAAAGAAACAUAUGGCAGAACAAAGGGAAAAAAAUGUUGAUA